GUAUUUGUGUGUAUUAUGUGUGUGUUAGCGGGUGUAUGUGGGUGUGGUCUGAACGGGGUGAGGCUCAGGACUGAAACUCUCUCCGGUUUCCAGCAGUCUUCAUUCUGUCUGCAGCUCUCAGGUGAACUCAGGUUGCAGAAAGGCAGAAUGAAUUUCAAUUUUGGCGACGCUGUCGAUAACCAAGGAGGUCCAUGGCCUGAACAACCCAAACACCCCGCCUGGCCAGGUCAACCUUCUGGAAACUCCCUCUGGCCGGGACAGAAUAAACCCCAGACCAUUUGGCAGGGAGGUGGAGGUAACCCCGACCCCGCCUGGAAUUCACCUACUCCUCAACCUUCUGGACCUGGAGGGUGGUCCAAUCCUUAUCCUGGACCUGGACCUGGAGGGUGGUCCAAUCCUUCUCCGGGACCUGGACCUGCACCACCCAGGAAUGUUUUUCCCCAACAGAAUCUGACAGUUCCCCACCAUCUCAAUCUGCCCCAUGGAGCUUACGACAAACUGCUCAUCACCAUCGCUGGAACCGUUAAACCUGGCGCUGACAAGUUCACACUGGACUUUCUUACAUCAUCUGGUGACCUGGCCUUCCACUUCAACCCGCGCUUCAACGAACAAGGCAAGAAGGUGAUUGUUAGGAAUACCCUCAUCGGUCAGAAGUGGGGCAAAGAGGAGAGAGAGCUGUCACGCUUUCCCUUCGUUCAGGGUCAAUCUUUUGAGAUAAAGAUCUUGUGCACCAACACAGAAUUCAAGGUGGCCGUCAACAACAGUCACCUGCUGGAGUACAGAUACCGGAGGGACAUCAACCCGAGAAACAUCACGAAACUCAGCAUCUACAACGACAUCAUUCUGUCCAAAGUCACGACGGAGACCAUGCCCUGAGACCCCUGAUCCAGCAGAGAUCUACUGGGGAUCCACUAGACAUCUACUGUUGAUCUAUCAGAGAUCUACUGUUGAUCUAUCAGAGAUCUACUGAGGAUUUACCAGAGAUCUACGGGGCAGCCAACCUUUGGGAUCUACCACAGAUCUACUGGAGAUUCACCAGAGAUCUACUGAUGAUUUACUGGAGAUCUACUAGGGAUCCACCAGAGAUCUACUCGGGAUCUACCAAAGAUCUACUGGGGACCCACCAGAGAUCUACCAGAGGUCGUCUGGGCAUUUACUAUCAUCCAUAUUCCAUAUCUGAGGUAGAUUCUCUGUGGAUCCACACGAGAUUCUCUCCCAACAGGAUCAUCGUCAUGUUUAAAUAGAUUCAGAGAACUGCUGGUGAAUCCACAGUAAAUUCUUAGUAGAUCUACAGAAACUACAAAAUAAGAUUAUUAUUGUUCCACAAUUCCCAGUGAUCAACAGUAGAUCCACAGCAGAUCCUCUCUUAACAAUUUUCCUCUGCAUGUUUGUACUCUGGGUAAAAAAAUAAAAAUAAAGGUUUAAUCUGCUGAA